AUGGAGAAUGUCAAUGGUGUGGUCAAUUGCCUAAUUCGUGGUCUGAUUUUGGGAGUCUGGAAUUCUCAUGUCAGUCUGGGAAACAUAAUGGGCGGUCUUUUGGCGGGCAUUUUUGUGGAGUUCGCCUGGGGAUGGUCCUUCUUCCUACCCGGUCUACUGCUUGUGGUUAUGGGCCUCUUCGUUUGUUUAUUCCUUGUUCCCUACCCAGAGGAUCUUGGCUUUCAGGCGCCAGAAAGAAUUAUCAAGGUAGGCCUUCUUAUUAUUGCAUCUCACCUUAUGCAAAUCCAGUGCUGUGUUAUUUGA